UGCGUGCAAGUGUGUUCCGUAGCCAUCGCUGUCCCUGUGAGUCCCAGCGAGAUCCAAAUCGACGCAGCUCGCUCAGUGUGUGCUCCCGUUGCAACUUACUACGGUUACCGUGCCCCACGUGGUGACCGGCUUGGCGCCGGCGCGUCAGCGCUGAUGUGAUCUUGUGCCGGGUGCGAGCUACAUCUCUCAUAUGUGUCAUGUGACGGUUGUUAAAUGUGAUAAAACAUGCCUCGCUGCUUUGUGACUGGCUGCCGAAGCGGCUAUGAUUCAACGAGAUCCGCGGACGAAAAAAGACAUUUUUUCAAGCCGCCCACUGACGACGUGCGCCUUCAAGAGUGGCAACGCGCAAUACCCAGAUUAGACAAGGAGCUGUCACGCUCUUGUGCUGUUUGUGACCUGCACUUUCAGGAGGACGAUAUUGUGAAGGACUACGUGCACAAAGUUCAUGGUGACGUUGUUGUCAUACCACGUGGUAAGUGGGCUCUUAAGGAAGAUGCUGUGCCGCGCAUUUUUCCCAAUUGCCCCAAGUACUUGUCGAAGCCAGCGCGAAAACGCAAGGCCCCAACAGUGCGUACACCUACUCGGCCUAAGCGCAAAAAAGAUAAAACGGACACUGACCAAGAAGCUGCGACACCGGACUUCGGCGUCCCUAACGAUAGCAGUGCUGGCAGUGAAAACAGUGUUACGCUAGAGAACAACACACAGCUCUUCAGCGAGUUGUCUGACAUAGCAGCAGCAGGCCAACGGAUCCAGGGUUGGUCGCUCGAGGUUGUUGGCACUACAAUCGUGUUGUACAAGCUGGCAAUGCGAGAAGAAAUUCCAGAGAUCGACAGGGCUGUGGUAGUGUCGAAACGCCUGACCUUGUCUGUCAGUGCCAAGGGGCAACUUGUUACAUCAGCUGUGUAUAGUACUGGUGCGGGAAUUGAAUUGAAAUCGUGCGAUGAUUUAAAGUGCCUACUUUCACGCAUUGAAAGGCUGAAUAUUUGUGAAGGUUGCCCUGCUUAUAAUUACCCGCACGUCUUGUCAUCAUCUGUGGCCGUUAAAAAUGGGGAAACAUGGCAUCGCAAAUCGUGCACAGUUCUAUGUCUGACAGCAGUAUGUCGGGAAUGCAGCAGUCUGUCCAAGUUGUUUUCACGGCGGCGCAAGACAAGCAACAGCUUGCAAUCUAAGAGUACCAAAGUGAAGUCUCUGCGUCGAAGGGCAAUACGAGCGACGAUUCAGAGAGAAAAGCUGAAGAAAGAGAUAGCCACCGUGAAAAAACAACUCAAGAAUGUUACAGAGGAGAGGAUGGAACGUGCACUUGACAUUCUUCCAGCCAAACAGCAGCUGGCUUUCAAGAAUGCUUUUCAGGUAGCAAAGGCAAAGGCAAAAAAUGGGAAGCGAUACACAGAAGAAUGGCUGAUGACAUGCCUUCUGCUGCAGAUUUCAAGUCCUAAAGCUUACAAGCUGUUAUCUGAUAUGCAUGUUUUGCCUCUUCCUACAAGAGCACGCCUUCGUCAGAUUAUUAGUGGCAUUCCCUGCAGAUAUGGCUUUAAUGAGGUAUCGCUGAAGAGCAUCCAAGAGCAUUUUCAGAAGAAGAGCCAUCUUCAAAGGUGCGGUGUUCUGUUGCUUGAUGAGGUAAAGCUCAAGCAAUCUGUUGCUUUCAACAAAACAUCAUAUAAGAUGGAUGGCUUCGUUGACUAUGGCGAUGUGACAAAUGUCACCACUGACCAACUCGCUGACCACGCACUCGUGUUCAUGUUUGUUCCACUAUUUGAGAGCUGGGUUCAACCCAUAGCGUCUUUUGCCACAAAAGGUGCUGCACCUGGACGGAUCCUUGCACAGCUCCUUUUGAGUGCCGUGUUGCAGCUUCACAAGCAUAAUGCUUCAGUGCUUGUGGUUGUAAGCGAUGGAGCUGGUAAUAACCGCUCAAUGUGGACAAACCUGGGUAUAUCAGGAGACAUGAUGUCACCAUGCAACAGCAUCGAGCAUCCUUGGGGACCCUCACAGAAGAUCUUCUUUAUCUGUGACGUCCCGCACAUAGUCAAGUGCAUCAGAAAUCACCUGAAAAAGCACACCUAUGGAAUGGUAAGAGUAAAUCUGUGCAUUUAGUUGCAACCAAAUACUAAAAACGUUCUGUUUCUUUCAGGCUGGGGAUCAUCAGAUAAAUUUCGCACAUUAUGUUGCCCUGUACGAAGCUGAGAAGUGCAAACAUACAAGAGUCGUGCCAAAACUGACAAAAGCACAUGU